UAUAACGCUAAAACGUUUUUUUUUUCCCUAUUACGCUUUUUUGGUGCAUAUAAUUAUUAUUAUUGUAUAUUAAUAUAACACAACAAUGUUUGUCUUCAUAUUCCUGCUGUUAAUUGUCACAUAUUUGUAUAGUUUUGCCUCACAAAUCGUAGCUUGUUUGCAGCCGGUUUCAAGCGCGAUAUGUCGUAAAACCCCAUUGCACCAUCCCAACCCGGAAGUGAGGAGUUGAACCUGGGGCAGUUGAAUGUACCAGAGGGUGAUCAUGAAGCCUGGGGGGUUUUCAUAAGAGUUGAACGAGAUCCAGGUCACUACUGAGGCUUUAGGACACGACUUGCAACAAUAAAACAGAAACGUUACGAGUCUUAGCCAGAGUAACACUGUGAGCAGUGAGGUGUGACUGAGUGGGAUUCAUGUUCUACUGUUUGUUUUGCAGGUCGAUCAGAGGUUUGAAAUGAUCUGUUUCUGCUAUGGCGAGAGGUCUGUUUGCACGGGCCUGGAUCACCAAGUCCUACCUCUUUCAUGUUGGUCUGUCGCACGUGCGGGUGAAGUACCUGUUCCUCACCUGGCUGGCGGUGUUUGUGGGGAGCUGGGUGGUGUACGUGCAGUACUCGUCCUACACAGAGCUUUGCAGAGCGCACGAGUGCUACACCACCAUCUGUGAUAAGUACCGCGCGGGAGUGAUCGAGGGCGCGGCCUGCAGCAGGCUGUGUGAGAAAGCCUCGCUGUACUUCAGGAGGUGUCUCUCCAGCAAACCCAACACUCAGGUAUACACGGCGAGCUGGGGCGACGUGGACGCGGUGAUCAAGUGCCACCCGGGCGACGUGAUGCACUACGAGCUGGGAGAAGAGGUGGAGCCGAGGAAGGAGGUGGCGCUUUUCGACAAACCCACCAGAGGAACGUCCGUGGAGAAGUUCAGAGAGAUGGUGCACGGUCACGUCAAGGCGAAGGUUGGCGAGCAGGCGGAUCUCACCAGCUUGGUCUCGCUGGUCCUGUCGUUCGCGGACGCUAAUAACGACGGCCGCGUGUCUCUCCCGGAGGCCCGGUCAGCGUGGGCUCUCCUGCAGCUGGACGAGGUUUUACUCAGCGUGGUUCUGCAGGGACGCAGUCACACUCCCAAGCUGCUGGGUUUCUGCGGCGACCUGUACGUGGUGGAGCGAGUCGCGUACACGCCGCUGUACGGCCUCAACCUGUCUCCUGCACUCGAGCCCUGGAUCACGGCAGUGCUCGGGCGCGGCCUGGAUCACCUUUUUUCCACGUCAUGGCCACGCAAGGCUAAGAUCUCCAUCGGGCUGCUGGAGCUAGUGGAGGACGUUUUCCACGGGAUGUUCGGCUCCUUCCUGCUGUGCGACAUGAAGCCGGGAAGCUUCGGGUACACUGAGCGCUACGAACUGCGUCUUUUAGACGGGCGACACGUCGUGCCCGAGGAGGCCUUCAGACGCGGCAUGCGAGCUCGUCCGUGUCAGGAAGACUCCGACUGCGUGUACAGCGGCGACUGCGGGGCAGCGUGUCACAGGGACGAGCGACGCUGCGGCGCCGAGCCGAGCCGGACCAACCUGGCGCGGGCCUGCAGCGCGCUGGAGGACUUUCUGCUGCAGGGGGCGCCGGCGAGCCUGCGGAACGAGCUGGAGCGACAGCUGAACGUCUGCAAGGAGCUCGCGGGAUCUGGAGAACAGAUGCAGAUAGAGCACUCGCUGAUCCUCAGCAACCUGAAGAUGCUGCUGUGGAAACAGAUCUCACACACCAACGACUCGUAACACCACACACACACGCACUGAGCUCGCUAUGGUACUGCUGUGUGUGUGUGGUCAUGUUUUACAUCCCACAUGCUGAUGUAAUGAUUUCAUGUCUCUCUUUGAACUCUCCUUCUUUGAACUACACAAAAGGUGCCAUUUGUAACAUUUUCUUAAAUUUACAUUUCUAACAAAGAUACGACUUUAAUUCAUUACGCAAGCCACAUUGCUUAUGUUUUUUGCAUUUCAUUUAACGUUUCAUAUUCACUACUAUUCCGGCCUGGAGAUUAACUCCGCCCCUUAUUUAAAACGGUUCUUCUCAGCUCCGCCCAUUCUGACUCCUCAAAUCAAGACACAUCACUGCAUCCAAGACGUUUUUUUUUUUUUUAAAUGACACCGCAAGUUCAUAGGGUACAAAUGUUUUCUCAGCAGCAGUCCAGCGGUUCUGAUCAGACAUUUGGAUACACUAAGGACAAAGUAGACACGUGUGUUUACAAGACGGCGUACAGAAGAGAAAGAGGUUAUGGGAAAGACGCCGCACGACAACACACCCGCAUUAAAUUAUAAUGAAUAAUAAUAACAAUGUAAUGAAAUUUUAAUCACUGUAUCGCUUUACUUUUUUAAUGGUGUCCCAGGAUUGUAACAGCGCCCUCUUGUGAGCAUCCUCCACACACUUGCUCAAGUUAUUUUAAUACACAAGUGUUAUAGAGCUAUAGGGGGAGAUAAGCAUCACCCCCAGCAAAAAACUGUGAUCAUCCCUUUAAAGGCACAAUUUUUUCUUUCUUUUUUUUUUAAAACACACUCAGUGUGGAGAUCCUGGUUCCGGUACCACACACUACGUUAGACUCGAUGUCUGAUGUUGCACCCGAGAGGAGAAAUACAGCUCUGAUCUUCUGUGUUUUUCAGCCCCGUGUUCCUCCUCUCAUCCUGCUGGAGUAAAGAUACAUACACACACUCGGUCCGAUCUCAUUCAGGUUUUAGAACCGGACUUGAUUAGACACUUUUUGUUUUUCUCCUGUCCUGUGCCAUGAUGUGACACGGAUCUGUUGCUGAACAUCACACCACUGCUGGCUAUGAAUGAAAAACUAAACAAGAGUUCUAUUUUAAAAAGAAAAUAUAACUGCAUGACUUUGCACAUUAAAGUAUUUUUUUGGUCGCA